AGUUUGUAUCCAGAAUCUGUCAGUGUCUUUGGGCAAAAUUUGUUUUCACAACAUUCACUAGAUUGGCUGAAAUCUAGGCUAGUGCAGCAUGAUGUCAGGUAGGUGCAACUGCUCUGGGUCUGGGUCGCACCUAUUGCCUUGCCCAUGCAAGAAGUGCAAGGCGAAGGCCAAGGCUUUGGCGCAGAAUAAGGGCACGAGUCUGGGGCCAGUCUGUACCAUGUGUAGAGUGGAUGAAAUUAAUCCGAUGGACCGGGACUGGGGCCUAGGUCAGGGAUUGACCUUUUAUAACAACGAAUUGAUACCGGAGACGUCAUCGCAGGCUGGGAGUAACGCUAGUGAUUGCCACUGCGAUCAGCGAAUAAUCGGCGAAAGACAGCCAGAUUAUUGGGGAAAUAUGCAGAUAGCUGAAUAUCAGAAGCCCAGCUUAAGCCUGGACUCCGAUGAGGGACGGUCUGUGGCCUUUGGUACCAUGGAAUUCAGCCGCAAAUCGAGCAUGACCGAGGGCAUACCCCGACCGGACGACCCCGUUGUACAGAAGCGAGCCGGCUGCAGCAUUAACUACCCUCAAUACACCCACCUGAAAUCGAGCCCAAUGCGUGGACGCGACACAUUAGGCCUGCCCAUUCGUCUGCAAGGCAACAAGGGCCUGCUGAAUGCCAGCGGCCAAACCGUCUGCGUGGACAGCACCUACUGCAAUGACAACUGCGGCAUCAGCAACGAUUGCUCGCCGGACUGCAAGUCCAAGAAGGGCAUACAGAUAUGCAGCAACGAAACUAUCAACUCGGCCGUUACCUUUCUGAUUGAAAUGCUGGGCAUACUGGUCUUCUUUGCUAUUUGCACGUUCACCUUUUGGAUAACACUUGGCUACUAUGCCGUUCAGCUGCUGCUUGAUCUGAUUAAUGCCGAUCGCAACGUGCACGUGGCCGUGGGCAUUGUGUUCGCCAUGCUGGUGCUUGCAUUUGCCAUAACGCUGUUAACGCACGGAUGCUGUAAUGUCAGGACGAGCGGGGUCGGCGCAGCGACGAGCUGCGGCAGGGCGACUCUGAAGUCGCCGUCGUGGCUGCACCGGACGCCAAAGACAGUCGUCGCCAAAUGCAAGGGGAGCAGCGUGCUGAAGUCGCAGCCGCAGUCGCAGUCGCGGCCACACCCACAGCCGCAUUCACCGUCGAAGUCGCAGUCGCAGUCUAACCAAGCAGCGCCGAAGAGCUCAUGCAGCCAAACGCUAAAGAAGAGAUAUUCCGAUUGCCAGGGCCGCAAGAUCUUCGACAGGUCCCGACGCAAUGCCAUUCUAACCGAAAUGAAGCAGCCGCCCACUUGGCUCAUCUGGCUGCGCGGCAAUGUCAACAGUUUUUUUCGUCGCAGAUAAAAGCGCAGCAGCUGCACGCUAGACCGACGACCCACUGACACAAAAUUGAACGUUUGAAUUUCAGAACCAUACGAAUUGAACCAAUUCAAAAAUCCAUAUUUAUAUCCACAUAAU